GUCGGAGGUUUUGUCAGUCCUUCCAGCGAAAGCCGAUAUCGCAGUCCACGAGCCGACGAAACGAGUGGUGACUUGUUCCAGGAGCGGUUAUCGCUGGUUGCUGCCAGCAUUGUCGGACUGUAUCUUCGAAGGCGGUCGAGCGAGUUCUGUGGUUGCGAUCAUCAUGGCUAGCGUCAGCGGGAAUGGGCCGCGAACUUAUGUUCGCGGCAUCCUCGCACUGGUCUGUGGUUGGCUUGUCGUCUUGGCCAACGUGGUUCCGGCGAUGGCGAAGGCAGUUGAAACAUCGAAGGGCAUGUUCGAGUACCGGAGGUCAUGCGAUGCGGUGAAAACAGACGGCGGAUCAUUGUCCUUGUGGUCCGCGUCGUUCGAAGAGUUGUCGAAGCAUGGUGCUCACGUCUUGGCUGGUGAAAUGACGCUGGAAGAGAACGGGUUUGCACUCCCUGCGUACUUGAAUUCCCCGCAGAUAGCCUACGUUCUUGAAGGUUCGGCCUAUGUCGGUCUGAUGACUCCAUUGGGAGUGCCUGCGGCGAUUCGCAAGAUCAGCGAGGGUGAUGUGGUAGUGAUACCACAUGGAUGGGUCAGCUGGGCGUGUAAUCAUGAGGAGAAGCGGUUCAGGACGUUCUUCGUGGCGGAUUUGUCCGAACACGCGGGUCUCCCAGUCAACGAGAGUUCCUUUGCGCUUGCAGGGUCUAAAAAGGAUUUGGGCGGAGGUUGGCGUCAGGGUAGUAUUCUGCACGGGUUUACGAACGAUGUGCUUGCAGAGGUGUGGGAUGUGGAGGAAGGAGAUAUUGAGAAACUGCGCAACUCACAGCGGGAGAGCGUGAUAGUGAAGGUUUCACGGGAGGCAACGGACUCGUAUGUUUCCGCGGAGUUUUCUGCGGCUGGGUGCGUUGGGGAGUUCAUCUACAAUUUGAAGAAUUCGCAACCGGAUGUCUUCAACGAAGGGGGGCAAUUUCAUCUCCUCAAUCGCAACAAGAUGCCGACGUUGCAUAGAUUUGGCACUGACUUUGCUAUCGCCUACGGGAAACUGAACAAGGGUGCAAUUGGAGCGCCGGGAUGGUCCGUGAAUGGACACCAGAUUGCUUACAUCACCAAGGGCAGUGGACGAUUUCAAAUUGCACAUCCUGACGGGAGUAACGCUCUCGACGCACAAGUGCGUGCCGGCUCAGUGAUCGUGAUUCCGCAUUUUCACCCAGCCGUCGUGCUGGCUUCUAAAGAAGAAGAGCUUGAGUACGUGUUCGUGGUUACAUCUUCGCUGCCAAUGUGGGUGCACAUGGCUGGCAAGAACUCCGUGUUUCAGAAUAUGCCUGCGACGGUGGUGAAGGAAGCGUUCAACAUUCCCCAGGACCUCUUGGAGAAGCUGCGGCACCGCAGAACCUCACACUCUAUCAUACUACCACCGGCCGGCACUUCUGGGAAGAAGCACCACGAGCGAGAGGAGCAUGAGAACUUGCGGCCGUUCGUGUGAACGUUGACGGACCUGAGGAAGCACCGCGCCAUGGCAGAAUGGAGAGAAAGAGUCGGGACAUGUUUGACAUUGUUUGUGACUGGCCGCUGAUAAUGUUUUGGGAUGUAACGUCAUAGCGGAGCAGAAGAAGCCGUUGGAGGACCAGGCCAGAUAUACAAUGAGACACUGCCAGGGAAUCUCAAGAGACUAUGCUUGGUCCAGUUGGGAAUGACGUGUGCAGUGUGCAGUGCUGCAAUCCCUGUUUUUCCCCCUCGUGCUUAGAUGAUGAAAAGUUUCAGGUGAAGAAGAAAUGUAUGAUCUGAUGGAGUUCGUGCAGUGGUGGUCCUAGUAAAGGUGAUCGAGUUCGGUCCUCUUUGAUGUGUUGCAUGCGGCUAGAACGCAGGCUCACAGGGAUGCUGGUCAUUAGAUGUGGUUGGUGAUUUGCUGCUGAGAGAAGCUAUGGCGUGCUUCCAGUGAUGUGUGAAUGCCUGUCAAUUUUAGAGUCCUGGUAGUGAAGUGUAUAGUAAAUCGGAGGGAUGCUGGUCAUUAGAUGUGGUUGCUGCUGAGAGAAGCUAUGGCGUCCCUCCAGUGAUGUGUGAAUGCCUGUCGAUUUCAGAGUCGGUAGUAGGGAAAUGUAUAGUAAAUCAAGUCUCGGUGGCGCUGUUAGAGGUGAUAGCCGGUCACGUGGUCGAGGCCAUAUCAGGUCGGGGGAAUCUGUAUCAUGGUGGUUCGUGAUCGCCCACGUCUGUUUAGGUGUCGUCACCUCUGUGGUUGUCAAUUUCUGUUUAGUUUUCGUCAACUCUUGUUGCUUUAUUUUUGUGUUAGGUGGGUCAUCCCGUUGCGUUAUCCUUGUGGAGGAUUUCGGUUGAAUUCGUGUGGCUCCGUGUUAGAGUUUCAUCCAGAAUUUCAGGUCACCAGGUCCAUGUUAGCAAGGUGUUUUUUUCUUUUUUUCUUUUUUGUGAAAAUGUAGAACUCUGUAAGCCCGCAAUCGAGGAGGUGGUAAGAGCACCAUCUCGAUAGGUUGUCGCGGGAGUGAUCGACUUUGGCGGGGUUGAUGUCAGCUCUCAGCGAAUCACUUCCCAUGGAGUAUUUCUCGUAGGGACGAGAGCGUUCCCCUUGAUUUUAGUGUAUUUGCAUGGCUGAUAUUGUGUGUAAGGACACUAGUGACAGGCGGACUCUGGUUGAAACACGUCAGGCGAGUCUGGUGGUAGAAACGUGUCAGGCAGGCUUGCACUGGUAGCAACAUAGUCAAGCAGCCACGUGGGAGACGUAGUGUACGGUACUGUAGGGUAGUUUGUUUCGGGCCCCGGCGAUGUGAUAGUGAAAAGACACGUGGAUGAUUCUUUGAUGCACAGCUCAUAUUCCCCAUGACUUUAUGACCCACAGAUGUGUUGAGCGCUAUCUUGUAUCAUUGUAAUUGGAAUU